CGCUGGCGUGACAGCACAUUGUAGAGGCCUCGACAAGCCUUCUCGUUGUAGGGGCGCAUCAGGGUAACAAGUGUGGCGAACGUGUGUGUGUGUGUGUGUGUGUGUGUGUGUGUGUAUCACGACAAUCAAUGAGAUCUUAAGCAAUAGCGUCGGUUAAAAAAAAGCUAGACUAGACACUGCACUGAAGUGCUUUUGCUCUAAGGAAACAAGACUAUAAGUCUAUAAGUCUAUAAGUGUAGACCUGUGAUUGAAAUCACACCUAGACGACGCAGACAUGCAAAAGGGAGGUCUGCUAAGGUUACUGGCAGUGGUAACACUGCUGAUAUUGGCUCCAGAUGUGGAUGCGGCACCACUGAUUUCUGAGGAACCAGAUCUUCGUCAGGUACCCUCAUCUUUAAAUGGAGGUGACCAAAAACCACCAGAUCCUUGGACAAGUGGUCCAGAUUUCCAGGAGAUGACAGCAACAGUUAGUCCUGUUCACCUACUAUGGAUGGGACCAGUGAAAACAUAUUCUGAUAGCUAUGAAAAGAGAGAACCAAGAAAAACAUCUGACAGGCCAGCCAAAGCCACAAACAGUCCAAGUUAUCUAGUCAAAACUUUGGCAGUGACUAACAGUCUAGGCAAAAAACUGAAGACUGCUCGUGAGACAAUCAAUUCUGAUGGUUUCAAGAAAACCAUCCAAGUUGACAGACACUCUACCAUUGACCCUGUAACAGGUAAAAUGGAGGGGUAUGCCACAAUGGAAGAAAGCAGCCUUCACAAACAGCUAACUCCCGUGACCACCAAUUCAAAUAAACAAGAUAAGGCUAUGCGGCCAGCCAGAAGGGCUAAGAUGAAUUUGGCCACUAGUAGCCCAGAUAGGCGAGAGAAGAUUGCCAAACUGCUGAGUACUCUUGAGGAGAUUCAUAGGUCAAUGAACAGCACAUGGUACAGUCACAUCGCCAUCAUACCUAAAGGUAAUAGUAACAAUGGAAGUUUGGGAAAGAAGAGAAAGAUGGCAGUAACAGAUAGGAACCUAAAAUCGACCACAGUGUCAUCUGUGGUCAGCAGUGCCACUUCAUCAAAAGCAAGCACUGUUGAUGCUGAACCCAAACACCUGAACGGGAAAGUGUUUAAAAAGUCCUUGCCAUCAACGACCAAGAAAACUAACAAAAGAGUAUGCUUCUGGAAAUACUGCUCUCAGAAUUAAAUACUGGCAUUUGACCACACACACUCCCCUCAAAUCCAUCAGUCCUUCAUGAACAUUAUCAAUUCACUCCUUUAACCAGUGUCACAAUCCGGACAUCUACGCUGACCUCAUAGUCACAAGCAAGCAACUGUAAGGGCACUUCUCAUUGACACAUCAAUAACAUGACUCACCCCUGUGACCUCCCAUGACGUGUGUAGCCUUGCUGCACGAAAGCCUACUAACUCUCAUCUACCAGCAACCCCUGACAUCAAUAAAAAAAUUUUACAAGCAUGCAAAAAAGUCCCAAUAAUAAAGUUUAUUUUUUUUA